AUGGGGGAAGUUAUUCUGUUUUUCCUACUUGCAAGUGUAGGAUUGGGUCAUUGCUCUGAAGAUAAUGCCUCAGUGAACAUUGCAACACGGGGAAGAGCGACUCAGUCCUCCACUUUUGAAGUGGAGGGAUGUGCAAAACACGCCAUUGAUGGGAGUAGGAAUUCAGACUAUAAUAAGAAUUCCUGCACAAAAACAGAUGGGAGAACCAACUCCUGGUGGAGGGUGGACCUGCUGGACACCUAUGAAGUUUCCUCUGUCACCGUCACUAACAGGGAUCAGCUUCCUGAGAGGAUAAACAGGGCUGAGAUCCGUAUAGGGAACUCUUUAGAGAACGAUGGCAACAGUAACCCCAGGUGUGCUGUGAUCUCUUCCAUACCAGCAGGGGGCUCUACCACGUUCCAAUGUCAGGGAAUGCAGGGGCGCUAUGUAAACGUUUUUCUCCCAGGAUACAAACAGUACCUGACUCUGUGUGAGGUGGAGGUGUAUGCUAUUCCAUUGCAUUCAGUUGGACCUGCUCAAACUCCUGAACUGGAUCUUGCUGUUCCAGUGACAGAAAACGUGGCCCUGGGAAAGACAGCUGUCCUGUCCUCUGAGUACAACUCCAAUAGGAGAGCCAGUAAGGCCAUCGAUGGUGAAAAUAACUAUAACAACGGAUACAGUCGCACCAAGACUCAGACCAACCCAUGGUGGAGGGUGGACUUGCUACAGGCUUACAACAUCACCUCCAUAACUAUUGUCAACAUUGAAGAUGAUAAUCCAGAGAUGAUUGACGGAGCUGAGAUCAGGAUCGGAAACUCCCUGGAGAACAACGGCAACAGCAAUCCGUUAUGUGCUGUGAUAUCUUCGUAUCCGGCUUGGAGGGUCAAGAUCUUUCAGUGCAGAAGGAUGGAAGGACGCUAUGUAAACAUUUUCUUGCCAGGCUGUGGCAAGCACUUGGCACUGUGUGAGGUGGAGGUGAAUGUGGGUGGGGAUAAAGAAAAUGAUAAGCGUGUAUUAACUUCAUCCACGGCCGAUUCUGAAACAAGAGCACAGGUUCUUCUAAGACGACAAGAUGACAUUGUCUGUCCUAACUACAAGAACAAAGAUAAGACUAUACAGGAAAAUGCAUCCACCGGGGGAAUUGCAGCUCAAUCAUCACAAUGGGAUAAAGAUGGAGCUGCAAGCAACGCCAUUGACCAAGAUCGGAAGAACAUGUAUACAAGUGGAUCCUGCAGCCACACCAAAGCAGAGAUCGACCCCUGGUGGCAAGUUGACUUAAAGAAAACCUACAAUGUCACCUUUGUCACCGUCACCAACAGAGGGGACUGCUGUUCAGAGAGGAUCAGCGGUGCAGAGAUCCAUGUUGGACACUCCCUAAUUAACAACGGCAACAGCAACCCAAUAUGUGCUGUAAUACCCUACAUCCCUCUUGGCCAAACCAGAACAUUUCCAUGUGGAGGAAUGGAAGGGCAAUACGUCAAUAUUCUCCUUCCAGGUCGUGAGAAGUACCUGACUUUGUGUGAGGUGGAGGUGCAUGCAAGCAACUUUAUAAGAGAGUAUCCCCCUCCCACCCAAACACCACCUACCAACCCAUACCUGGCCUGGCUGUGGGAACCAUUACGCCAGCUGAGGCACCCUUUAAUUCUUAAAGAGUGA